ACCACAUUGGCCGUCCUCUCUGUGUUGUUUUUGUGUGACAUUGUCUGGCUGAGAUCAUCCACACAACAACGACACAUUCCUACAAGCGAAAUGUCCUCACUGCCAAAGCCGUUUUCGGUACGUGAGGGGCCGUGUGAGAGCUCCGGUGCGAGGAGGGGAUCACCGAGCUCUACCCCCCAUCAACUGCCUUCAUCCAGCCGUCUGGCCGCCGCGGGUCUGGGCUCUCUGUCGGAUCACCGGCGGUCGUACGCGGCGAGGAGAAACCUGGCGGCGGCCGCAGUCGGAGGGAGGAAAAUAACGCAUCCUGGAAAGGCUAUCCUUGCAGGUGGAUUGAGCAAAGCGAUUUUUUAGACCUUGCAGAUUCUCCCUGCGUAGGCUUGUAUUGCUUUCUGCACAUCACUGCCUAAUCUCAAUCUGUCGCCCAUUAAGGCUGUCCAUGCAGAACUGGGUCACUGAGCCAGCAGUGAUGCUACAGCAGUGCUUGGAAUUGCAUGUUGAUUUUCCUUUAUUUCUCAUGUAAUACUCGGUUAAUAUUCAUCUUGAUCAAUUGGGAUAGCUGUUUUUGAAUGUGUAUAAUGAUGCAGUAAGACUUCUGAAGUGGAUCUUCAGUUUUCCAGACGCUGCAUUUUCACAUUUCACAUUAGCAUUUAAUUAAAACACCAAGUAUUGAUCUAGAUUUAACACCUCACUGCACUUUAUCCACCUUCUAUCUAUGAUCCUGUCAAAGCAAACUAGUUCUUGUUCCCAGAUCAUCCAAGAGGAGUUGUGCACAAUGAGUCAACAAAUCCUGACUGACGUUUCUCUCCUUUCCUUCUCCUUUCCUUUAGGAGGCAUCGCAGGAGGAAUUGAGAUUUGUAUUACCUUUCCAACAGAGUACGUAAAAACCCAGCUACAGCUAGACGAGAGAGCCAACCCACCACGGUACAGAGGGAUCGGUAGGUCACUGGGACAUGUAUGACGGAGUGCAGGUUUGUGUGCCAGGGCCUCUAGUGGGUUACUAACUCCCUGAUGCUCUGUGUGUGUCUGUGUAUGUGCAGGUGACUGCGUGAAGUUGACUGUGCAGGAUCACGGGCUCAGAGGGUUGUAUCGAGGUCUCAGCUCCCUGCUUUAUGGAUCGAUACCCAAGUCUGCAGUGAGGUGACAAUGCAUACAUAAUUUACAGCUCUCAAACAAUCACACAAAUACAUUUAUUACCAGGAGACUGAAUCAGCAUGGAGCUGCAACAGAUGAGAGCAGUUGCUGUGUGUAUCCAUUUGUUUCCUUUCAUUAUUGUAGGGCUGGGGUGUGAAUUUGAUAUUUAGCAGUCAAAGGAAUGACUCAUCAUUUUCUGUAUUUAAAAAAGUAGCCGCAUUUGGGGAUUACAGCAGAGAUUUCUCCUUUCCCAACAACAUGCUGAUUCAUGUCUUCACUUAUUGACUUUCCUGGCAAACAUAAUUUAAUUUACUGAUUUGAUUUUAAUUUUAGCAUUGCAAUAAUAAACAAAGCAAAAAAGGUUUUGGAUCAGAAAUCACUUCACACUCUUUACUGUUCCCUAAUCUCACUAUACUUCCAAUACUGUGCUGAGGUUUGGGGCAACAACUAUAAAACAUCAUUACAGCCACGAACCACCAUUCAAAAAAGAGCAAUACAAGUUACACACAAUGUUGGCUAUCAGGAACACACACACUUCUUAUUUCUGCUGUCCAAGUUGGUAAAAUUCACUGGCAUUGUGGAGUAUCGAACAGCUGGAAUAAUGUUUAAAGCUAAAAAUAGUCAUCUACCAAUAAAUAUACAGAAAUCAUUUAGUAUGCGCAAGGGAAGUUGUUAUUUAAGGGAAAAGAUUAACUUUGAUUCGGACAAAGAGGAGGGGUUUUUGUGUUUCACUGAGUGGGGUGAGACUAUAGAACAGGUUUCCAUGGAGUGAAAGCAAUGUUCAAACAUGACACAGUUUAAAAUGAGGUAUAAAGACACUGUUUUUAAGAGGUACAGGGAUAAGGAAGGGGUUGGGUAGCACUUAAUGUUAUGAGAUUAUUGUUUGUUUUAUGUUUUAUUUUGUUGUGUUGUUUUUAUGUGUGUGCUGUAUUAAGUGGAUAUUGAUUUUAUUUUAUAACAGUCAUGAAUGUACUUUAUUCAUCUAUAAGUAUCAGGUUCAUCUAAACAAAUUGCAAGGAAGCUUGUUGUGGGUAGUUAUUAUUUAAAGGGAAGGGGUGGGAGUUCAUAAGUUAUUCUUCCUCUCACUCCUUUUCAAAUAUGUAUUUCUGUGGUUUAUGUUUAAAUGUUUUAUUUUUUAUAUUUUUGGUUUGCAUAUUCAAAAUAACCAAAUCAAUCAAUACCUUACUUCCCAGUAUUAAUAUGAUCAUAAUGCUUAUGAGUCAUCAAGGUAGUUUCAUUAAAUGCCUUUUCUAGUUUGGCUAGCUAGCUGAAGUAGUUCAGAAAGUUCAGUUAGGUCUUUAAAGAUGAGUUAAGGCUUCUUAAAAUAAUAGUUAGUUCGAUUUGUUAUUACUGCAAACAAUGACUUUAAUGAUGAUUCAAAUGAGUAAUGUUUGGACACAGUAAAUUGAAGUUUUGUCGUUGAACUAACCAUGAAUUUCAAAAGAAUCCAUCCCCUUUGUUUCACUUCCCUAACACUGUCUCCCAUCUCUUGCAGGUUCGGAACAUUUGAGAUGCUCAGCAACCCGAUGCGAGAUGCAACGGGUCGACUAGACAACACACGUAGCCUCCUGUGCGGUCUAGGAGCUGGUAUCGCUGAAGCCAUUGUGAUUGUGUGUCCAAUGGAGACUCUCAAGGUCUAUUGGUUGAUGCAUUAGCACAUUUUUUUGCUUAAUCUGAAUGAACAGCGCACUGACUAAAUCCUCAACAUCCUCCAGGUGAAGCUGAUCCAUGACCAGUGUUCCCUCAGACCUCGUUAUAGAGGAUUCUUCCAUGGCGUCAGUGAGAUUAUCAGAGAACAGGGUAAGAGAGAUUCAUGGAUCCACAUGGUGGAAGUCGCUCUAAUUUAAUCUGUUCGUGUUCGUCAACAAAUUCUGUUUGAUUCUCUCAGGCGUGAGGGGGACGUAUCAAGGUUUAACCGCCACAGUGCUGAAACAAGGGACCAAUCAGGCGAUCCGCUUCUAUGUGAUGAACCUGCUGCGGAAUUGGUACAAAGGUGAGAAAUCUGACUCAUUUCCAAAGAAUAUCAGAUUUUUUUUAGGAAUCACAGUUACAGUUCAUCCAACUUUUCGAUUUUGUCUCUAGGUGACGACCCUAGAAAAGAAAUGCACCCAAUCGUCACGGCGAUGUUUGGUGCAACAGCUGGAGCUGCAAGUGUCUUUGGAAAUACACCUCUGGAUGUAGUAAAGACACGGAUGCAGGUGGGAGACUCAACAUAAUGGCUUGUUUACUCUUCUUGGGUCUUUCAAGUUUUAAGGACUGUGUAUUUUCUUGUAGGGUUUGGAGGCGCAUCGCUAUAAAAACACAGUGGACUGUGCCUUCCAGAUCUUGAAGCAGGAAGGACCGCAAGCGUGAGUGGUCCUGAUCCUUCUCCUGAUGCGUGCUGUAUGCUGCUCUGUUAUCAACCAUUUCCUCUGAUCUCUUCUUCUUUGUCCCGCAGGUUUUACAAAGGAACUGUUCCCAGGCUCGGCCGGGUUUGCUUGGAUGUGGCUAUAGUCUUUGUUAUCUAUGAGGAGGUGGUCAAACUUCUCAACAAUGUGUGGAAGACCCAGUAGACCCAAUGGCUUCGGGGGAGGGCAGAGGUCCAGAGGAAAGCACAGACCAGUGCCUCAUGCUACGCACAACUCAACACCUCUAUCCUAUUUCACACUGGCUCUCUGCGAUUCCCUGAGCAGAGGAUGCGUAAUCUUUACUAGUUUGAAUAUAAAGUCGUCACGGUCCGAACAACGCAGCAGAAAAAGACAAGAAGACAAUUUGUGAGAGCAGUUUUUAGAUGAGGCUUUGGAACCAUGACAGAUUGUUUUAUACCGAGGAAUUGAAAAAAAGGCGAAUGAAGCAUUGUCAUGAUGCGUUACCCUGUUCAUCUGACCAAAGUCGUAGACUGUUUUGAGUCUUAUGACCAGAUAAAAUAGUGUAUUUAGAGAAGAGCACACUUAUUGGUUACCAAAGUUUAGAAUUACACAGAAAGAAGAAGGGAUUAAUUUAGCAGGUUAAAAAGGGAUAUUACAUGUAACUGGUGUUUUAGCUUUUCAUGACUCUGGUUGUGAUACCUGUUUGUAGAGUGAAGACGUAGUAUCAAACCAUAAAUGUGUCUUUGAUUUACUGAGAACUUGAUACAGAGCAUAGACCAGCAGAUGUAAACAGGCUGCAGUGCUUAAACACACAUCGGUGUUGUAGUAAAAGCUUCAAUGACUGUUUUCGCAGCUUCAUCUAACCAAAACAUUUACAGUGUUUCCUCGCUGGGUCGUGCUCAUGGGCUUCGGAUAGCUUGCAUUGUGCAUUUGCAUUUUUAUUGACAACAGAGCAAGGCUGUAUUCUGUUCGAUGUAUCUUGUUUAACCGAAAGAAACUUUUGUUUUGAGGCUACAAACUGGUCAAGUCUGUUCCUCUACUGCAGACUGCUUCACAGACUAACCCCAGAAUAGCAUUAGUUGUUAUGAUACAAACAUAUGCACAUAUUUUAGGAGACCAAAAUAUAUGUAGCACAAUUUCACAUGUAGUCUUGCGAUUAGGAGGUGGGUCAGUUAAUUACAGGAAAUUAGUACAGGAACCGUAGGGAAGAAAAUCAUAUGCAACUGGGGGGGGGGGGUAUAAGAGGUGGAGAAUCUACAGCUUUAUAGGGAAUAUUAGGUGGAGUACUUGGGUAUUUCAGACCCUUACAGAUGAAAAAACAUGAUUUCAACUCUUCAGAAACAUUUUAUUUCCUUGUGCUCCUUUUAUAAUUCAUCCAACAGACUCUCCUUUAGUCAGGUAUCGUCACCUUAAUGUUUUUUUUUUACCUCAAGCUAACCUGCUUUUUGUAUGCUCACUAAUGAACAUGUUGUUUAGCUCUCAUUGAUUGCACUCUUUUUGUCUACUAUAGUGUUUACAUGUGCUGAAAGAUAUUACACGGACAGUUAAUGUGUCAGAGGCUCGAUAAAGUAUGUGAUCGUGAUAAGGCAAGGCGGUUUGAUAGACCUAGUGGCACCAUUCAGCCUUGCACAGAAGCCUUUUACUCCUUUUUGCCAAACUACUGCAGAAUCUCUCAUGUAAUAUCCCCGAUAGGAGCAGAUCUUUGUUACAUUUCAAACAAGAGCUAGAGUAUUGUUUCACUGCUAUUUGUUACUGUUUGGUUUUCAUUAACUGGAAAACAUUUUUAUUAUUGUAUAACUGUAUUUACGCUUUGCUGCUUUUCAGAGACAGGCCAACAACAUCAUGUGUACCUAAUACAGCAUAUCAGAUAUGAAGUCAUCAUUGAUAUUAAUGGAAGAGUUUGUGUCGGAAAAACUCAAACAUGUUGGUUUGUCAGAAAACAUUUCGUCCGAGCAGAUGUGGGAACCCCUGAUGAAACAUGUGGACAUGACAUUGUUUCAAUAAACUUGUGAUUUAUAAAUCUGA